UUAUACAUCCUAUGUAUAGCAGCUGUGCUGUGAGAGCAGUCGUACUCAAUUUGCGGACUCUAUACUACAACAAGUUAUACGAAUGUUAUUGGCGAACUAAAUCUAUACGCGAAUUUUAUUUAAUAAACUAUGAUUCUUGUGAUUAGAAAUAAAUAAUACGAAUAACGUUCUCUCCGUUACAAGCUCGUUGCUAAAAACCGGUAGAGCACGUUUUUCGUGUAACCUAACAGCGGUUCCUAAUUAAUUGUUGCCGUUGUUAUCGGGACGGGAUAAAAGAUCGUCGAUCGAGACUCUUUCAUUUGAAAAUAAAUACGAUUUCUAAUUCAACAAUACUAUAGAAUCGUUUGGAAAGUACCUUAAGAAUGGCCGAAGAGUCUCGCGUCAACGGUUUGGACGAGUGUCCCGCCGCGAAGAAAGUGAAAAUCGAGUCAGAAAAUCCGUCGACGAAUUCGAACAGCGUACACGCGCCGGUACUCUCAUCGGCUCUGUUCAAACCGAGAAAAAUACUGCAAAAUAACAGUACGAGGAAACAGAUAUGUCUAGAAGGCGAGUUCAAAGGUUACGAAGGACCGGCGGUCAUUGUACUCGAGAAACAGAAUUUCCCAGACGACGAGCAAGCUUUGCAAGAGUUCUUCAACGACGACGUAUCUCUGAAGAAACUUUAUACCAAUGAUCUUUACGGGAAUUAUGAAUGCUUCCCGGUUAAAAAACAGAACGGUAUAAACGUGACGAUAGUGCAUCCAGCGACGGAAAAGCAUAUCGAAAAAUUCCGUCGGAAACAGAUGUAUAUCGUGGAUGAAACGUACGAGCUUUACCAAAAGAUUACUAUCCCGUAUUUGGAGUCAAGCAGCUUUUCGAUAGACUGGAUAAACAAUAUUUUAGAACACAAGGCAGAACAGGAUAGAAUCGUUUAUGAGGACGAGGAUAAGAAGACUGGAUUUAUAAUGGUGCACGAUUUGAAAUGGGAUGGACAAUCGAACAGUUUAUAUUUAAUAGCACUCCCGUUUCAAAACAUUCGAUCAAUAAGAGAAUUGAAUGAUUCGCAUUUACCGUUGUUAAAAAAUAUAAGAGACGCAGGGACUGCCGCGAUCGUGAAGAAGUUCAACAUUCCAGCUUCCCAGCUGCGAGUCUACUUUCACUAUCAACCCUCCUAUUAUUAUCUUCACGUCCACUUUGUGUAUUUAAUGUUCGAAGCUCCAGGUAUAUACGUAGAAAGGGCACAUCUUUUGUCUACAGUUAUAAGAAACAUCGAGCUGAUGCCCGAUUAUUAUACAAAAGCUGUACUUUCGUACGCGGUUGUCGAGGGUGAUCCGUUGCAUAGGAAAUUUGUAGAGGAAGGAGUAAUAAGCGAGGCGAAGUCGAAAAGUACGGAGGACUGAGUUCAAUUAAACGUUUCGUUCUCGAUCAAAGAUCUCGAUGUCAUUGACUGUUUCUUUAUAAUAAAGGACGUAUCAGUACAACGGUUCAUGCGUGAUUUUAAAAAUUGGGCAGGAACUGUUUCACUGGCCUGACACUA